CUCUUGACAGGAAGUACUGCGCAGAAUAUGGACCCGCGUGAUCUUCGUGCAAUAUCGCUCCAUUGUCAAGGGUAUGAGGAUCCCUGAUAAGAAUACCGUACGCUCCUCAUAGCAACGAAGGGCCGUUGAGUUGACAACACCAUUACCGGGGCCUGAUGCUCGAUACGGUGACAGAAUCCGAUGCCACGCUAGAAACGGCUUUUCCAGUAAUCGCCGAGUCGAAGAUUCGGUUGAUCGUGAUAUAUGGGCUGCUCUCAAUCAAGUACAUCAGCAUUGACCGGAAAAUGUUCAUUUGUUUAUGCGACAUGCCAUACAUGAGAAUUGCACCACUCUGCGGUUUGACUGCCAUCUUCAGCAGUGAUAGAGUUUGGGCUCUUCUGCCGUUCGGCUGUGCUCUUCGGGCGGCUUUGAGGUUUGACAUGCGACUUUCUCCCGUUCGCUUUGGCAUGCUGACUGAUCAUCGCUAUCCGAACUAGUACUUAUUGUGCAGGGUUUUGAAGCUGAAAAGUGCGGCGACUCUGCGUGCUCGUCAAGCUUGCGUACAAUGACCGGAGUGAACCUUAACCUGGGGCCCACUAUCGGCUACUACUUCGUUGGAAUUAUCAUUUCGGUCGCACUAUAUGGC